ACCGACACUGGUAGUCUCCGGAAGCAGGCAAGCAUGCAUCACCGUUGUUGCCUCCGCCAAGAACAUGGUGUCGUGGGCCGCCGCCGCCAAGUACAUUGACUCUGCCGCCGCUGCUGGUAAGGACAUCACCGCCGCCGCCAAGGACGAGUCACUAAGAGGUGCUUCAAUGUCCAAGUUGCUGAGUGGACAUGGUGGUGCAAGCCGCUGCUGCCAAGGCCAUGCUGCCGCCGCCACCAACGACGACACCAACGACGAGGAGCUGAGCGGUACCACCAAGUACAUCGUCGCUGCCGCCGCUGCGGAGGACAUGGUGCAGCGAGUCGCCACCAUGGACGAGAUGCUUAGAGGUACCACGGACAAGGCAAAUACAGUAGAACUAUCGCUGAAGAGAAUGGUGGACGGGUAAUAAUACUUCAUCAAGAUUGAAUGCACAACUAGUUCUUUUAGAAGU